AUGACUGUCACAGAACCAUUGGCGGUAACAAAAGAGACGGUUCCACACUGUCAGGAAACAGAAGUUCCAGUUACGGUGGCUCACCUUCACCGCCUCGGUCUAUACCUCUUUGUAUUUGAAAGAGCCGCGAGAGAAAAGAGAGUUAACUUGGUGAUGGAUAAAGUAGCAAAUAGACCAAGACGGUUUGCUUUCCUGAGGUAUGAGUCUAAGGAGGAGUUUAUGAAAGCUAUUCAAGGGAUGCACGGAAAGUUCAGGCUUGGGUUAAGGGUUUCUUCUGGGUGUUGUGAUGGUAUGCGUAUACGUGAGGCUAAGACUGAAGUUUUCAUUGUUAAGGAUAACAGGGGAGAAUUGUACGAGAAGCAUUAUCCACCUGCUAUGAAUGAUGACGUGUGGAGACUGAGAAGAUUGGUGAGGAUGGAGCCAUCCAUAAGAAGCUAA